UUGGAUCUGUUGUUGUUUGUGAAGAAGGUCGUCACAUCUUCGAUAAAAAAGUCCUUUYACUUUUCUCGCUUGUGUAAUUUUUAAAGACAGAUUGAAAGCUGGCAUCCUUGUUUUCUUCUUUCAUUGUGAGAAUGAGCUUUCCUGAUAAAGCUGAAGAUUUGAAUCGUGAAGAAUGGAUGGAAAAAUUAAGCAAAAUUCGUUUUCCUAGAGCUGAAAUGAACAGGUUGAUUAUGGACUAUCUUGUUACUGAAGGCUAUAAAGAAGCCGCAGAGAAAUUCAGGAUUGAAUCAGGAACACAGCCAUCUAUCCCUCUGGAUAGUUUGGACAACAGGAUUAAAAUCAGAGAAGCGAUUCAGAGAGGAGAUUUGGAAGAAGCAGUAUCCCUAACCAAUCAACUAAACCCGGAGAUCUUGGAUACCAAUCAGUUGCUGUACUUUCAUUUGCAACAGCAACGUCUAAUUGAGCUCAUUCGUGAAAAGGACAUUGUAUCAGCUGUUGAAUUUGCCCAAAAUCAGCUGGCUGAACAGGGGCAAGAGUCCAGUAACUUCCUUGAGGAACUGGAAGAGACAAUGGCUCUGCUUGCUUUUGAAAACCCCGAAGACUCACCUUUUGGUGACCUACUUCACCCAUCACAAAGACAGAAGGUUGCAAGUGAACUGAAUGCAGCCAUAUUAGAGGCAGAGUAUAGAAAAACACAGCCAAAGCUAUCAAAUAUCUUGAAGCUUUUGCUGUGGUCACAGGACGAACUGGAGAAAAAGAAGGCAAAGUUUCCUAAGAUGACCGAUUUGGCCACAGGAUCUUUUGAAGAGCCAAAGUAAAGGGCUUUGACAAGUGCUCUGAAUCUAAAUAUGCUGAGACCUGUCAUACUUUGCAAAAUUAGUCUGAACAGACCACUUUCAAGUUGUUGCUCAACUGCAUCCUCAUUAGUAAUAUUUUAAAUUGGAAAACACUCCAUAUUAUUCAAGGAAUUUAACAUUGCAAAUAAAAGGAUUUAUAUAAAAUAUCUAUUAGUAUGAGGCGCAGCCAGUUGUUGCAAUACUUAUUAAAAUARCAUUGCUUGCUGAAGUCAUUAAACAAACUUGCAGCACAGUUUAUUUGGGCAGCUGCUUCAUAUUUAGACUUGAUGCUUUAAUGUUACACACUGUACUAGAAGUGUGACUUGACCUUAAYACUAAGAACAGUAAGCCUUAGAUUCACUCUCAUUGUCCUUUCUGAAUUACUAAAAUCAAAAAUUUAAAGCUCGUAAAAUGCUGAGCUUUUAGGACUGUGUAAAAUAUUGAUGUUUUGAUAUCAAAUGAUUCAGGGGUUUCUACAAAGAACAAAAUUUAAUGCUCCUCAUAUGUAUUCAAUGAUAAUAAAGCAAUUUCUUGA